AUGAGUGCUCCUCGUCUUGAGACGUUUCUAGAUGGCGGUGAUGUCCCCGCCCCCGAAGACGAUUCUCCGCAGGGUGAUAGUGAUGGCGGUGACCGUGAUCGCGCAGGCCGUGUUCCCGAGCAAGUUGUCCGUGACGAUCGUGCUUGGGCUGAUGAAGACAGCGCCGACCAUUCGUGGCGCGACGGGCGCACCAGUCCAUGGAAUACCUGGAAUGGAGGCCAGCACAGCUGGUGGGGACAUUCCUGGCAAGAUGGCUCUUGGAGAAACGGCUACUGGGUAGCCAACUCAAGAACAUCAUGGGACUGGAACAGACAGCAGAGCCAUGGAGAUACCUGGACUACAGGUUCUACGGGGCCUGGCUCUUCCGGCAGUGAACCUGCCGCUCCAGUGCGAAGCCAACGAGACCUACCUCGCGAAGACGAUCCUCCCGAAUGCGAUGAAGAUCACGAGGACGGUCGCCACCCCUCUUGGUGGAAUGAGGAUCCGCCCAAGGCAGAGCGCCGUGAGCGCCCUUCGAAGGCAAGCGUUGAUGAAAGUGUUCGCGGGCCUUCGGAAAAGAUGACAGUUCCUUCUUUUGCUGGUGUCAUCGAGGGCGAAGCCGAGGAUUUGGGAGCGAGCGCUCGCUCUUACUUGCGCCAAGUCAGCGCUUGGCAGCGGAUCACACGUGUUCCGAAGGAGAAGCAAGGAAUCAUCCUCUACCAGAACCUUUCCGGAAGAGCAUGGAUCGAGGCAGAAGGCCUCGACGUCGAUCGGCUUGCAAGUGCCGACGGUUCCAACUACUUUGUCGACUGGGUGAAGGACCGAUAUUUGGACGUUCAGGUGACCCAGGUCGGCCGCGCCUUGUCCGAUUUCUUCAGGCGCCUCAAGAGGCGGAAUGGCCAGGCCAUCCGCGACUACGUGGGCGAAUAUGACCGCGCUCACGCGCGGCUCCUGGAAUGCGGGUGCAAACUACCAGACAUUGCAGCUGCUUGGGUGUUCAUCGACCGGAUGUGCUUGGAGGAGGCAGCAGAAUUGAAUCUGCUAGCCUCCGUAGGCAAUGUCUACGAUCUUCGAAGACUACAACAAGCAGCUAUAGUGCAAGACCGUGCACUCCGCAAGCCCUGGGAGACUACCAAGAACGACCGUGGAAACAGAUGGUGGCUUCGCUCCAAGCCCCAAUCGGCUCUUCUUGCCGAGGUACCUGAAGGCGAGGAGGCUUCUUCACAAUGUUCCGAACUACCUGAAGAUGACUGUGUACCAGAAGAAGUAGCCAUGAACCUCUACGACGCCUUUAUGACGCAUGAGUCUGCAAAACAUCAAUACAGAGCCUCCCUGAAGAUGAGGGGUUCAGAUCCUGAUGCUUUGAGGUCCAUAGCGGCCGAGAAGCUCGCCGCAGCCAAAGCGCGCUCCUACUGUUCCAAGUGCAAGCGAAAAGGGCAUUGGCACAAGGAUGCCAUUUGUCCCCUUAACCAGGGGACGGCAGCAGCAACUUCGAUCUCCGCGACCUCGGGAUCAACCACAGCCCCCUCCUCUGCAAGCGGCGGGCCUGCAAAGACUGCUUAUCCUUGCACUCAUGUGGUGCAUGUCACCUGGGACCUGGAGACUGAUCAGGUGCCCCAAGGACUCACAGCGAUAACAGAUACUGCCUGCUCCAAGACCGUUGCAGGUCUUCCAUGGAUCGAGAAGUAUGUCAACGAAGCGCAGGCCGUGGGCUUCUCCCCGCCCUUUGUGAACUGUAACGACAAUUUCAAGUUUGGCGCUUCCAGAGUCUUCCAUGCAACGUAUGCGGCAAUCAUCUCGUUCAUGCUGGGCACCCAUGAGAUUCUUCUGAAGGUAUCGAUCGUGCAAGGAGAUGUUCCCCUUCUGCUCUCCAGGCCGGUGCUCGGGCGUUUGGGAAUGGUUCUCGAUGUGUCCUCCAACAGUGCCUCUUUUCGGCAGGUGAAUGUUUCGGACUUCCCAUUGCUGAUUACCGAAACGGGACAUCCAGCGCUGCCGGUUCACCCUGUCAACGUCUCAGGAAUCUCUUCGAAAGUCGAGAGCUGGGGCGAUGCCGAGAUCAAGACCUAUCAGCGUUUCGAGUCAUACAUGCCUGACCUGUGUGGGAGUGCUGUGGAGAUGCCUUUCAAUCUUUACGACUAUCACAACAGGGUCUUCAUACUCAUCAUCGAGAUCUUGCACAAGAACUUGAUCAUCAGGCUCAUGGACCUCCUCUUCACCGAGAUCGUUCAUCGAUGGAACAAGUCCAAGCUCAACAUCGUGAUCACCAAGGAGAAGACCCUAUGGGACCUCAACAAAGCAGAACUUCUUCAGGAAGCCGCUUCCCGCAACCUCCCAGUACACCCUUCGUGGAACCUGGAGGAGAUUCGCUCGAUUGUACAGGAGGACUGCGCCAAGCAGGACGUGAUCCCUCCUGGAGCGAAAGUCCCGCCGGCCCUGGGCAAAAUGAGUUUGGACGAGCUCAAGACGGCAGUUCGGGAAGCGGGACUCGAGGUACCACUUCGAGCCACUCGCGGUCUUCUCAUGAGGAUGCUGCGCGACUCGGUGGAAGGAGCGAGUUCGAGAGUGAUGACCUUCGGAAGGCAUCGCGGGAGCAAGUACUCCGAGACACCUCAGUCCUACAGGGACUGGGCCAUCCGCGAGACGGACGCCAAUCCCGGAGCCUCGAUGGACCUGGUGAUGUUUGCCAACUGGUGCAAGGAAGAGACUGCGAAGCUGGAUCCCAUCUCCUACCAAGACCCAGAGGCCAGUGCUUCGAUACCGUACCAGGCAGAGGAGAGCGGCUACUCCAGCUGGGAUCUGAUGAGUCGGAUGUCAGAGGCGAGGACCAAGGCCCGCGCCAAGGCAGCCGCAGCCACCCCUAUAAGGAGUUCUCCACAGAGGCGGACCCUCUCGUCGGCGGCUUCGGCGACAAGCGAGAUGAGCCAGGACAUCAACCCAGAGACCCUCGAGGAAAUCCAGCUGCUCGAAUUCUUUGAAUGCGACGAAGGACCCGAGCUCCAGACAGACCGCAAGGAACUGCCCGACAGCGAAAGGAACGGCAUCCAGUCGGACUACCUCAACACCCUCGGGAACGAAGGCGGUGCGCGCGAGGACUUUCACGAGGGCAUCAACCUACAGGCGAAGUACACGGACGCCCCCACGAAGGAGGACAAGGAGACCUACUUGCACGCCCCCAAGAAUGAGGACGGGAUCUACGGCAACUACUUCGAGGAGACCAACGUCCCCUACCAGAGCGACCCAGAGAAAGAGCCUCCGGAUCCGAGCACCGAGGCUUGCGACGACGAUGUCGGCAUCACCGAGAAUCCCACCGAUGAGUUCGCCCUCCUCGAAGGCGACAGCCCUGCUGAGGUCUACAUGAGCGAUUCCCCAACGACUACCGAAGAGGCCGAAACCUUUGCGAAGGAGCUCCUCAACAACGAGGCGUUCGACUAUGGAUCUCUACUUCUUCUCGUUCGUCUUCUGCCUCUCAGCAAGAAGAAGAAGCACCGCGACAUCGCAGGCGGAAGAGGAGAAGAAAUCACUGGGAUGACAGCAGGUUUGUGGAGCCACGGAGCCUUUCAUGGGCUCACCUCUUCAAUGGCGCAGUUCCCGUCGGUGAUCAAGUACAUCAACGCCUUCGCUAGGCACUUUCUACCGGAACAGACAUGGUCUUCGUUUGUCUUAACCCGGAAUGUUCAAUGUGGACUCCAUCGCGAUUCUCACAAUGCUGUUGGUUCCCGAGUCCAUUGCACUUCUUUUGGAGGCUUUGAAGGUGGAUCUCUGUGGAUUGCUGACAAUCGUCCUCUUCCCGAUGAUCCACCAGGCCACCGACUAGCGUGGAAGGAAACCUCUUCCGGAAAAAGUCUGGCCGGAAGGUAUGUGAGCUCCAAGGAACGUUUCUUUUCCUUUGAUCCCAAGACACCCCACGCCACAGGAGAUUUCAGCGGCGAACGCUGGUGUAUGUCGCUGUAUACUUCAAGGUCAAUCUCCGAGACCGACCAGACGGAGACGACACGUCUCAUCGAGUACGGGUUUCCUCUCCCUCAACAAGUUCCUCCUGUACCUCAAGGCGAGUUCAUCAAGAGCAUCAAGAAGAGCAAGAAAAGAGGUCUAUGGAGACAAGCAAAGCGACUCGCCGCGCUUACGGCUUGGUGUACUACCGCUGGGUUUUCUCUAUCUCAGCAAGCGUUCCCUAUGUCAAAAGGAGCCGAUGCCGUGACCAUCUUCGAGAUCGGCGGAGACUCCAAGACUGCCGAGUGUGGCGACCUCGGCUUCAUUUCGGCCGAACCUCUACUCCCAGAUGAUCUCCUGAACGAUGAGUAUGUUACGGAUGCUCUUCAAGCUGCUCAGGAUUUGAAACCGGCCACCGUGUGGGUCCAUGGAGACAAAGUGAGGCCUAUCUGGUCUCUACUCGACGACUUCCUCGACCAUCAGCUCUUCGCCGACAGAGCCAUUGUGAUUGAGGCCAAUGACGAUAACCCCUGUUGGGCAUCUUCUUGGGCUCAUAACAUCUGUGCCAAUGCAACCUACGACCAGACCGAAGACAAUGGGACCAGAGUAGUCAAGGCGAACUACAUCGACAACAAGCAGGUUCCUGGAAUCGACCAGAACCACUCUCGCACUUUUGCCGCUUAUGUGACUUCAUCUACUACCGCAACACCUACGGCAAAAGGAACAGCCGAGGCCGACGAGCGCGGAAGCAACGCUAUCGACUUCGACCCCGGGCCAGAGAUCAAAGGAGAUGUUCAGUCUUCCCUGAAAAGGCUGCAUCAAAACCUGGGCCACCCUUCGCGCAACGACAUGGCUCGCCAUCUUCGACUUGCUGGUGCAGGACCAGAAGUUGUAGCCGCAGCUAAACGACUCCGAUGCCAGGUGUGUCAGAGAAAUGUCCGAAACAAUUCUUCCAAGCCCUCCUCUGCGCCUACUCUCCUUGAUUUCAACCAGGUUGUGGCAGUGGACGCCUUUUCAGCCUACGACUCCCAGCAGAAGCGUCACGACUUCCUCGCGGCCCUCGACAUCGGGACUGGCUUCUGCAUGGUAGAACUAUUACAAGGGCACAGCACAGAAGCUAUGGAGAAGACCUUUGCUUGCAUGUGGGCUCAUGUGUUCGGAGCGCCAGGAACUCUGGCAGUGGAUCUGGAAUCCGGGCUUCAAUCAGGACUUUCGAGGUUCGCAGAAUGGCAUGGGAGCCGGAUCCGCCCCAUCGCGGGGCAAGCGCACUGGCAACAAGGAGCAGUGGAAAGGCUCAAUCGGCUGUGGAAAGAAGUAUGGAACAGGAUCGUGGACGAGAAGUCUGUUGUUGCCCAGGACGUCCCAAUGGCCGUGACAGCCGUGAACUCCGCCCUGAACACUCUACGUCGAGAAUCAGGCUUCAGUCCGUGUCAAGCUGUGAUGGGCCGAGAUCCUCGGCUUCCCGAAGAUCUACAAGGAGGCCCGCACGACGAGCACGUUGAGGAGGUGAUCACCCGAGACCGGCAGAGAGCCCGAGAGCAUGCUCUACGGAUCGCUGCGAAGGAGGCAUACUUUAAAUGCCAGUCCGACUCCAAAGUACGGAGAGCUCUUCUUCAUCGGUCCCGUGUAGCUGGGCCCGAACUGUCUGCAGGAGACCACGUGUAUUUCUACCGCAAGCCUAAGAAUAAGAAGCAUUGGUUGUGGUUCGGGCCGGCGGUGGUGAUUGGACAUGAAGGCCCCAAUCUCUGGUUGAGCUACUCCGGGAGGUGCUAUCUCACGGCCCCAGAGCAUAUCAGGAGGGCUACAGCGGAAGAGAUAGGUACGGCUUUUACAAUGCGGGCUACGGAAGACGACUUGAACCGCCUUCUGGAAGUCGACUACGAGGACCCUGAGGCCCUGGACAUCGAUGAAGAAGGAGACGUGACCCUGGACUCCCACGAGAAUCCAGCCGAUCUUCGAGGGCAAGUCAGGGCCCCUUCAUCGGCAGCCGCGGCCGCCGCUCCGGUGACCAAGCGCCACCGGACAAAAGGUCCGCAGUCCGAUUCCGCCGAACCCCUCGGCGACACUCCUAUGGCAGGCGAAGAAGAUAUUGUCCACAGCGCCAACAUGGUAAAGCUCCCCAAGACCGCCCGUGGGAAAGAGAAGGCCCUAGAGAAAGAGAUCCCUUGGCAGGCCAUUCCCGAGGACCAGAAGGAAGCCUUUGUCAGCGCUGAAAAGAAGCAAUGGUCAGAACAUGUCAAGUACCACGCACUCGAACCUCUCAGCAUUGAACAAAGUCGCCAGGUCCUACGCGACAAGCCAGAACGAGUUCUACCCAGCAGGUUCGCCUAUAAGGACAAAGCUUGGAGCAAAAGGAAACUCGACAGCAACUGCCCCUGGCGACCCAAGGCACGGCUAGUGAUCGGAGGGCACCGUGAUCCUGAUCUAGAUAAGGGACUCCCGUCCCAUGCGCCUACAAUUUCUCGUCAAGGAGUGCUGCUGUUGUUGCAAGUGCUCGCCAGCAACUUGUGCAACGGCUGGCAAGGUUUCGCUGGCGAUAUCACAGCGGCCUUUUUGAGUGGCCGGGAUCUACAACGAGAACUAUACCUUCGUCAACCGAAGUCCGGACUGGGAGAACUGCACCCAGAACAGUUGAUCAAGAUUCGCAAACCAGUCUUUGGAUUAGUUGAUUCCCCGGCAACCUGGUGGUCUACCUUGCAAGAGACCCUGAAGUCCCUCGUCUUCACCGACGACGAUGGAGUUAGGUGGAGGGUUUGUCAAUGCCCGCUUGAUCACUGCAUUUUCACAGUGCAGGAGGUGAAGGUCACGAAUGGAGAAGAAGUUCUCGGCCCUCCUCAGGCCUACCUCGGAGUGCAUGUGGACGACAUCCUGAUGGUGGGCAAUACCAAACUUUGUCGGUUGGUCCAGCAAAAGUUGGGGGAACAUUUUCCCAUCGAAGAAUGGGAAACCGGCUCCUUCGAGUACGUGGGAUCCUUUGUGGAGGUCGGCAACGAUUCAGUUAAGAUCUCCCAGUCGAGCUAUGUGGGUUCCAGACUUUUUGAAGUUGAGGUUCUUCCGCACCAAAGGGACUUUGACCCCGCCACGGAGACCCAGCUCCACGACAACCAGUCCCUGGUGGGAGCACUUUCGUGGCUUGCCAGCCAAAGCCGGCCCGACCUACAGGCUUCCGUUUCGAUGUGUCAGCAGUGCCAACGGUCCCCAUUGGUCCAGGACAUCCGCUUCAGCAACCAGGUGGCUAAGCGCGCGAUGGAGCACCGCGACGAAGGGAUUGUUCUUCAUGCUGUACCUCUUCAGCGAGCAGUGCUUUUGUGCUACCACGACGCUGGAUGGGCGAACGUUCCGCAGGACGAGGGCGACCCCGUCUACAAGUUGAACGACUACGAGAACGAGGCCGGGCUCAUCAAGGAAGGACCCUUUGUGGAUCGAGAAAGAAAAGCGAAGAGAACCAAUUCCAGCAUCGCUUCACAACUUGGAGCUCUGUAUCUUCUCUGUGACGAGAAGAUCCUCAGCGGAGAAAGGUGCCCAGCGAGCGUGCUCGACUGGAAGAGUUCGGCAUGCGACAGAGUCUGCCGCAGCACCUUUGCCGCAGAGACGAUGGCCUGUGCCACCGCGAUCGAGACCGGAGACUACAUAGGCAAGUUCUUGGAGACACUUCUGACAGGGCGCCUAGAACGGAAGCAGACUCGUUUCAAGUACAGAUUCCUCAGCGACUGCAAGUCCCUCUACGACAAUUUGUCGAAGGAGGGCAUACCUCGUGUACCUUCAUGUAAGCGUCUUGCCAUAGAUUUGGCCGCUAUCAGAAUGGACCUCUCCCAUUUUGGAAAGCUGACUUGGGUGCCUACGCAGGCCCAAAUGUCAGAUGUCCUCACUAAGCCAAUGAGGGCAGUAGAGUGGUGGAAAGUCUUGAAGGAGGGUUUAAAGUUGACGUUCAAGGAGGUCGAAGACGUUUUGGACCAGUGUAAAUCUAUGAGUGUCUGCAAGCAGAACGACCUCCUGUCAACCCCUUGA